AUGCAUUAUAUCAGAUUCCUUCGAGCUCCCAAAUUCGUCCAGGAGCGUCACGGCGCCUUUGUUCACUUACUCUUCACCAUAACGACUGACCUCGGAGACUCAUUCUUGUACCCUGAAAGGUUCUUGGACCUUCAAGUCGUUGCUAUCGCUGCGUCACCUGAAGGCGGCUCAACAUGGCUUCUAUCAGACCCUGGACAUCUUCACUGGCAACCUGGUAUGCGCGUCGCCAAACCAUCAUUGGAACUUCCCAUCGCUCUUGAACGAGCUGUUGAAUCUGGAAUGAAAGUUCACGUCUGUGUUAGAGCAUCAGAGCCUCAACAUACAGCCGAAAGUGUCCCACGCAUCCUGGCCUUGUCGGCCGAGAAGAUGCGGUAUCGGAGAGAAGCUGCAGAGAAAGGCGCCGUCAUGCCAGCUUGGGUACCAGUGACCAUUCAGCCCUCAGAGACGGAUGUGUCUAUUCGAAGACUUGCGCUGAGCGACUCACCUGAUGGUCUGGGGACUAUCGAGAUUGAAGAGGAGAUUGGGGAGAGCAUAGCGCGUCAUGUAUGGGAUGGAGGCGUGAUAGCGACAUGCGCACUUGCUGGAAUCGAAGCUGCUCCUGAUAGCCAGUCCAGCCAAAACCCCUGCAUGAGAACCAUGAAAAACAUCUUCAGUCACCAACAAGCAAUCCGUGUGUUGGAAUUGGGUUGCGGUGUGGGCAUUUUAGGUAUCGGGCUCGGCGCCGUGUACCCUCAACUAGGAUCCCUCGAUGGUGACUGCACCAUUCUGAUGACAGAUCUACCAGAAGCCGAGCAACGAGCCAGAGCCAACAUGAAGAGGUUGCAAAACUCGCACUUGCGAUUCCAGGAGAACCCAGUACGCAUGCUUUACGAAAACCUGGAUUGGGAGGAGGGAAGGCAGGGUCGCUUUGGACCAGAGGUUCGAUCUGGACCUUGGGAUCUCGUGAUGCUCAGCGACUGUACCUACAAUGUCGACGUGCUUCCAGCACUGGUGGAAACGCUUUCAGCCAUUCACAUGGCAAAUUUGACCUACUUUCCCAAAGGAGAACCAUUUACUACAAAAGUCUUUUUGGCUACAAAGCCUCGCCACGACUCUGAGGAGGUUUUGUACGAGCUACUGGAUAAGCAAGGCUGGUAUAGCGUUCACAAGCAAAUCGUCCGCAAGCCUGUCCUUGGAGAGCCGCCUCAAAUUGUUGAGCUUCAUCUGUUUGACAAGUCUGGACUCAGCGAGGGUCAGACCUCAACAAGAACAGAAGUCAAGAGGGAAGAGAAGCAGGAAUUUGAGGACGACGACAUAGCGGCGUCAGACACGGAGUCAAGCGUGUCGUCGGACGAAGAGUCGGAGUACUAG